AUGAUCCCUUACGCCAUCACCUUCCUGCUCGGCGUUCCCGGCAACAGCGCUGUCAUUUGGGUGACGGGCUUUAAGAUGGAGCGGAACAUCCACAUAAUGAGUUUCUUGUACCUGGCUGUGGCAGACCUAACCUACUGCCUCACCCUCCCCUUCUGGAUGGCCAACGUUGCACAACGAGGCACCUGGCUCCGAAAUGACAUUCUGUACAUGUUGCCGCUCGGUUCCAUCAUCUUCAGCGGGUCCGUCAGCGUUUUCAUGUUGACGCUGAUCAGCAUCUUCCGUUGCUUGGCCGUCACUCGGCCACUUUGGUUCCAUCAACACAAUAGUCUGCGUUGGGCACAUGUGACCUUCCUCGGGGUCUGCGGCUUCUCCAUACUCCUGUGCAUGACAGCCCUGCUGUACAUCAAGCUUGAACCAGAUUUUGAUCAAAAGACCUGGGAAAUGAUGAGGGUCAUUUGGGCUGUCUUUAUCUUCGUGUUCCCCGUCCUGAUCAUGACGGCUUGCUGUGCGUUUAUUGGCUGGAGGCUGCACCGGGACAAAUUCGUCAAGUCCAAGAAGCCCGUCCGCCUUAUGAUGACCGUGGUCGCCGCCUUUAUCGCGUCCUGGCUCCCGCUCCACAGUUGCAGUUUCGCAAUGCUCUUUUUUAAUUAUUCGUUUCUGAUCUGGAAUGACGUAGCUACCGCCGUGGCUUGCUUCAGCAGCGCUCUCAACCCCUUUCUCUACGUCUUCACCGGCCGCGAUUUCCGCCAGGUCUUCAGACGUUCCCUCGCCUCCUCUCUCCGUCUGGCCUUCUCGGAGGAGGAGCCGGAAAUGAGGAACGACCCUCCCAGCCGAACAAAUUCGCUGUGA